AUGUUUGGAGUUUAUAAUAUUUUACUGGUGACAGCGUGUGUUUGUUUAAAUGGGGUCCAAAGCACAACAAGAGACGAUGUACAAAAGUUAAACGACAAAAUUUUGAAUGAGUACAAAAAAGAUCUCGGACCGAAUUUCAACCAGUCUCAACCUAUUGUCCUUUAUAUACAGUUUAAUUUGUUUACACUCAACGAGUUUGACGAUAAAGCCGGAAAGCUGGCAUUUCUGGGAUAUUCCAGCAUUGAAUGGCGGGACGACAGGAUGGUCUGGAAUCCUCUUGAACAUGGAAACACAACUACCGUGAUGAUUCCACAGUCUAAGGUAUGGAUCCCACAUCUGUUCGUUGCGAAACCAUAUACUGAUGUGAAAAAGAUUGGGUAUGAUUUCGUACAAGUAACAUACACUUCUGACGGAUGGGCACGUUGGACCGUCCCAGACUUAUUUCAGGUUUCAUGCACAGCAGACAUAGCUUACUACCCUAUGGACCGACAAAAAUGUGAAAUAUACAUCAUUCCGUGGGCAUACGGCAAAGGUACAUUUGAUUUCAGACUUCCACUCGAUACUAUGACACAAAAUGAUUUCGUCGAAAAUGGUGCGUGGAAGAUUCUCUCAACCGAAAUGCAUGUAUCGGAACACAGUGAUGGCGAUUUGGUCAUAAUGGUGAUAAAAUUUCAAAGACGUCCUCUUUUCAUUAUACUGAAUCUUAUCUUGCCAAUAGUAGUAGUUGCUGGGCUCAAUAUUUUUGUUUUCCUUCUUCCUCCGGAUCCGGGAGAGAGGAGUGCGUUUGGAGUAACUGUGCUGCUUGCCAUGGCGGUGUUUCUUUCUAUUGUGUCAGACAAACUGCCAAGUACGUCCGAACCUCACAUUGCUCGCGUGUCUGUGUUCAUCCUCUCUGAACUCAUUGUCAGUGCCCUCAUCAUGGUCUUCACUGUGUUUACGCUGAUAUUGUACAAUAAUAAGGAUGAUAAACCGAUCCCUGAUUGGAUGAAACGUUUUGUCUUGAGGUGUUCGAGAAGAAAGACAACUGUGAAGAAAGGGGCAAGGAAUGAUGAUGAUGUCAUUGAACCAAAUAGAACUGAUCCGAGAUACUGGCGUUCCGAAAACGACCGGUAUCAUCGUGAUAACACGGUAUAUGGUAAAAACAGAGGGUAUCCUAAUGAAAAUACUGACCGAAGACACCAUGAACCUUUACAACAAAAGGCUAACCAGAGCAAUAGUCGACAUACGGCUCCAGAAGGCCCGGUAGAAUUGGCAGCAGACGACACAAAUACGACUGUUACAUGGAACGAUGUAGCCAAGUGUUUCGACAACGCUUGUCUGUUGUUGUUUAUAUUCCUCAACGUUUGUAUUGUUGUUAUUGAAAUCAUAGACUCUGCGUAUUAUUGGAAUACUGACUUUUGA